AAAUAUAUUUGAUAACCUUUAUUGGACAAUGAACACUCACCGUAAUAUUCUUUUGAUAUCAGUUUUUUUUUUGCAUUAUGAAGUACUAUCUUUUUAUGGGUGACACCCAGGCUUAGAAUCACAUGGCCCAGAAUCUAGAGUCACCCAUCUGCAAUCACAUCCUUCCUUGGCAGUAAAGUAUUACUUAAUAUUAAACGGUUGUUGAGAAAUGAAGAUAGUAAGAUAGUACAUAGCAAUUCACAAUGGCAAGUUUCAUGUACCAUACUUUGUAUCAAGCAUUCAAGCUAAGAAUAGUCACUAGCUUUGCUGAAAAGAUAUAAAUUUGAGAAAAGAACUUAUGUUAUAUUUCUAGGAAAUAGGCUAAAGUGUUGAAGCAGCACAAAAGGUUGUGCAGGAGCAACUCCACCUUGCUGCUACAAUGUGUACAACACAAGUGUUGAAGGAACAACUUCAAUUUGCUGCGCUAGAUAUCGCUCUAGAGGCGAAUGUAGGCCAAUAUGGCAACAAGAGUUCAAUCCAGAACUUCUAGAGCACAAGAUCUACUCCAAGAUCUUAGAUAAGAACAACAAGUUCUAUUAUAGGUAGUGGGUACAUAGUCUGGGUUACAAAGUAGAGGUGAGGACCUCUAUUUAUAGGGCUUUGGGAAGCCUUCACAUACUUCUACUUAUAGCUGGAACACUCUAGAAAACAUUAUUUAGGAUUCACCUCUUUACUCACAGCUAGUUAUAACUAGAGAACUCUAGAAACAACAGGUAGGGUAAAGAAAGAAAAAAAAGGGAAUGCUACACUAGAGUGGAAAUAUCUAGAAGUAGCCAAAUCGAUCUGGCAUCUGUUUUUUUCUCAUCUAUUGUUCCUCACCAUUCUCCCCUGGUUGUUUGGAACUCACCCUUGAGUUAUCGUCAUAGAGCACUUCUUCUGGAUGGUAGAGAGUCAAGUCCGCAACAUUGAAAGUGUUGGAUAUGCCCAUGUCGUUUGGAAGAUCUAUCACAUAAGCAUUAUCAUUUAUCUUCCUCAUGAUAGAGAAGGGCCCAUACCUUUGCCGCCUAAGCUUCCUUUUGAAAUUAGCAAGUUGUUUAUAUUUCUAAUUUUGUGCUUCCAGAACACCACAAAUCUCUUCAAGUAACUCAGUGUAAUUAUCAGCAAAGGACAAUGCUGAUUUUGAGUUUCCCCUUGAUGGUAGCUUCAUCAGGUCCACCAAAUGUGUUGGAACUUUAGUGUAGACAAUGGAAAAAGGGCUCCUUCCUGUGGAUCUAUGCUUGGAGUUAUUGUAGGAGAACUUUGCAAGAGAUAGAGUCAAAUCCCGUUGUCCCUUUCUUUCUCCACAAAUGCAACGGAUCAGAUUACCCAAAAACUUGUUCACCACUUCCGUUUGUCCGUCUGUUUGUGGAUUUGCAGUGCUAGAAAAUUUCAACUCAGUGUUGAAUUGCUAACACAAAGUGAGCCAAAAUGCAGCAAGAAACUUGCUAUCACGGUCUAAGACGAUGGACCUUGGUACUCCAUGAAGUCUGACCACUUCUCGAAAGAAUAGGUUUGCCACAUGAUGAGCAUCCCUUGUCUUGCGGCAUGGGAUGAAAUGAGCCAUCUUAGAGAAUUUAUCCACAACCACAAAUACAACAUCACUUCCUCGUCUUGUUCUUGGCAAGCCCAAGACGAAGUCCAUAGAGAUGUCCUCCCAUGGAGCAACAGGAACAGGCAAAGACAUGUAUAACCCUGUGUUCUGGACUUGGCCUUUACAAGUUUGACAUAUGGGGCACCGCUGAACAAACUUGCCAGCAUCUCUCUUUAGUUGUUGUGGCCAAAAGUAGCGAGCUUCCAGGUUAGCGAUAGUCUUGUCCCGUCCAACAUGGCCACUAAGAUCACUUGAAUGGAGUUCUCUAAUUAGUUUGCCACGCAGAGAACUCAUUGGGAUGCAUAAAUGAUCAUUUUUGAAGAGAUAGCCAUCCUGCACCAAAUAGUCAUCACUUAAUGGCUGGCCCCUGAUGUGCUUCACCCAAACAUUGCCAAAGUCUUCAUCAUCCUCAUACAACUCCUUUAUUUGAUCCAUGCCUAGAAGUUCAGCUUCAAAAGAAGUCAAGAGGCAUGCACGACGACUCAAAGCAUCGGCCAAUCGGUUAGUUAUCCCAGAUUUAUGCAUGAUGAGAUAGUUAAACCUCUCCAGAUAUGCUGCCCAUCUCGCUAGCAUGCGGUCAACAUGCUUUUGAUUUCUAAAUUGCUUCAAGGAUUGAUGGUCACUAUAUACAAUGAACUCUUUAGGCAGCAAAUAAACUUCCCAAGUUUUCAAGGCUAUGAAAACGGCAUACAAUUCUUGUUGAUAGGUGCUCCAUUUCUGUCUAGCUUCACUUAACUUCUCACUAAAGAAAGCAAUGGGCUUCCUUUCUUGAGAUAGAAUAGCUCAAAUGCCUACUCCACUCGCAUCACACUCCAACUCAAAAGCCUUGUUGAAAUCGGGUAGCACCAACACAGGAGCUUGUGAUAGUUUUUGUUUAAUCUCACUGAAACUAGCUUCAGCUGCAUCUGUCCAUUGGAAUUUUCUUUUCUUCAAACACUCGGUAAUUGGUGCCAUGAUAGUGCUGAAAUUCUUCACAAAUCGCCUAUAGAAAGUUGCAAGGCCAUGAAAACUUCUUACCUCAGAAAUGGUCUUCGGAGUUGGCCAUUCUCGGAUUGCCUCAAUCUUAGAAUCAUCAACAUGAAUACCGUCACAUGUUAUGAUGAAUCCGAGGAAAAGAAGUUGUGUUUGCCGGAAAACACAUUUCUUCAAGUUGACGUAGAGCUCAUUUUCCCUUAGUACGUCUAGCACCUUCCGAAUGUGAUCAAAGUGUUCAUCCUCAUCCUUGCUAUAGAUUAAGAUGUCAUCGAUAUAGACCACAACAAAGUGGGACAAGAAGGGUCGAAGGACUUGAUUCAUUAAGCACAUAAAGGUACUUGGUGCAUUUGAGAGUCCAAAUGGCAUGACUAGCCAUUCAAACAACCCUUCCUUUGUCUUGAAGGCGGUUUUCCAUUCAUCCCCGGGUCUGAUAUGGAUUUGAUGAUAUCCGCUUCUUAAAUCUAGCUUUGUGAACACUCUUGCUCCACUAAGCUGAUCCAACAUAUCACCUAGACGGGGAAUCGGGAAUCUAUACCUUACGGUGGUCUUGUUAAUGGCUCUACUGUCCGUACACAUGCGCUAAGAUCCAUCUUUCUUUGGCGCGAGUAGGGCUGGUACAACACAUGGGCUAAUACUUUCUCGAAUGUGCCCCUUCUGCAGCAAUUCCUCCACUCUCUCCUUUAAUAUAUCAUGCUCCUUUGGGCUCAUUCAAUAGUGUGGAAGACUAGGAAGACUUACUCUUGGAAUUAAGUCAAUUCUAUGUUGAAUUCCUCUCAUCGGUGGCAAGCCUUGUGGCUCUCCAAGUAUGUUCUGAAAUUCUGCCAAUAAACUACAUACCUUAGCUGGAAUUUCAGCAGUCAAGUGCUCUUCUCCCUUUACAACAAGUGCAGCACACAAAUCUGCCUUCUUCAAGUCUUCCAUAAACUCAUGAGGUAUGGGAGAUAGUUAACAUAGUUUUCCCCUCCUCCUUGGAGAUAUUACCUUCGGUUUUGUUUGGUAAGAUAAUGAUCUUUCUCUUGUUCAAAAUGAAAGAGUAAGAGUUUUCCUUGCCCUUGCCCUUGUGUGUAGUAUCGACAUCAAAUUGCUAAGGUCUCCCAAGAAGAACAUGGCUAGCGUCCAUAUUAACUACGUCACACAACACAUUUGAGCGAUAAUGCUUGCCCAAAGAAAGUGGCAGGUUACAUUGUUUGGUGAUUCUCAUAUUCACUCCUUUCUUGAUCCAUCCAAUAGUGUAGGGGUUUGGAUGAUCAUGAGUAUCAAGCUUUAAAUGGCUCACCAAGUUCUAGGAGAUAAGAUUCUCGCAGCUGCAACUAUCAAUCACUAACUUGCAUACUUUGCCAUUCCCUGUGCAUUUGCUCUCAAAUAUUUUCUUCCAUUGUGUGUUGUCAGGUUGUGGCGUGGAACAUAGGAGACGCUGAAUCACACACAUCACCUCUUCACCUUCUUGACGAACCUCUUGUCCCUCUACAUCUUCAAAUUCGUAUUCUUCCUCAUCGCCUUCACCAUCAUGGAUAGUUGUGUUAACAAAUUUCCUUAGUGGGCAGCCGCUGGAUAUGUGUCCCUCUUCACCACAUUUAUAACAUUUUGGGCCUUCAUUGGACUUGCCCUUGCCUCUAGUUUGCUUCUGGAUGGGUCGUUUUGCCCUUGGUGGAGCCGUCUUUUCUUCCACUCUAUUAGGCUGACUCCUAGACGAGCCUUUGGUAUGAGGAUAUGGAGGAUAUGGAGCUUUAGUUGCCUUUCUUGUCCUCACAAACCUCUCGGCAUUUAAGGCUCAAGCUUGUGCUUGAUCAACGGACUAGAAUUGUUGCAUCAUCAAUCGAUCUUGAAUAGCAUCAUCGAGACCAUUGAUGUACCUUGCAACUUGUUGAUCUUCAGUUUCAGCAAGGUUGCACCUCACUUGUUAGCCUUAGAAAUUCCUCCGUGUAAUCUGAAACAGUCCUAUUUCCUUGAGCACAAUUUUGAAAUUGGAUAAAUAGGAUCUGGUCAUAAUCAACGGGCAAAAAUCUCCCUUACAAGAGACUUUUCAUUUGCCGCCAAGUUCUCACACGAGGUUCUCCUCUCAGCCCACGCUCUUUUUGAACGCGAUGCCACCAUGCAUCGGCUCCUCUUUUCAGCUUGUAUGCGACCAAAGGAACUCUACGACUUCCGGAACCAUCAUGACCUCAAAGAAAGUCUCCACUUCAUAUAACCAAUCUAGGCACCCUUCAGUAUCAACAUUUCCACUAAAAGUUGGGAUCUCAGCUUUCACCUUGUAUGUAUCUCUUGCAUAUGUAGGGUUGGGUACUCUUGAUAUGCGUAGAGAUCUGGUUCUUCAAGGGCAUCAUCAUAUUCUUCACCUUCAUAAGCUUCAGCAUAAAUUGCCUUCUUGAAGCACGUUGAACAUGUUGUUGUGGCGGCCUUGCUCCAAGAUUACCUCUCUUUCUUUGAUGAACAUCUUCUUCUUCUUUGAUGAACAUCUUCUUCUUUGAUGAACAUCUCCUUCCUUCUUUAGAUGAAUCUCCUUCAUUGGUAGCAGGGUGGACACCCUUUCUUAUCAUCUCAACCAGCUGGUCAAAUCUCUGAUUAAGAUCUUCAUGCAGCUCUUUAAUUUGCUGUUCUGCAGCAUCCAUCCUCUUCAAUUGCUCCAUUGCUUGCUGCAGCUUGCUCUCGAAGAGGACAACAAGAACUAGUAUGGGUCAAAUGAGGCUCUGAUGACCUGAAGCAGCACAAAGGUUGAGGAGGAGCAACUCCACCUUGCUGCUACAAUGUGUACAACACAAGUUUUGAAGGAACAACUUCAACGUGUUGUGCUAGAUAUCCCUCUGGAGGCGAAUGUAGGCCAAUAUGGCAACAAGAGUCCAAUCCGAACUCCUAGAGCACAAGAUCUACUCCAAGAUCUUAGAUAAGAACAAGCUCUAUUAUAGGUAGUGGAUACAUAGUCUAGGUUACAAAGUAGAGGUGAGGACCUCUAUUUAUAGGGCUUUGGGAAGCCUUCACAUACUUCUACUUAUAGCUGGAACACUCUAGAAAACAUUAUUUAGGAUUCACCUCUCUACUCACAGCUAGUUAUAACUAGAGAACUCUAGAAACAACAGGUAGGGUAAAGAAAAAAAAGGAAUACUACACUAGAGUGGAAAUAUCUAGAAGUAGCCAAACAGAUCUGGCAUCUAUUUUUUUUCCUUAUCUAUAUUGUUCCUCAUCAAGUGUAAUGAAGAGGAACAUAAUCGAACAUAAUUUUUAAUUGUUCUAGGUGAGCACCUGGUGUGUAGUUGUAUCUAAACCAAUCAACAACAAAUCUAUGAUUCUGGAGAUAAUUAUGAGAUGGUAAACAGGGAUGUUUGAGCGGUAAAUGUGGUUUGAAUGGGGUAGCCAACUGUUGAUGCCAUUGGGAAGUACAACUAUCCCUUCUGUUCUUUUACUAGAAUUUGUGGCCUGCUUGAUAAACCCUAAAUUUUCAUGGAAAUGUGAAGUAAUCGGGUAUCUUCAACAGGAAAAGACCUAUUUCUUAUUUCGAGAGCUAAUUAUUGCUGUACCGGUCGACCACCUUGAAUGAUCUGUUUUCACUGGAUCCAGUUUCAUACGAACAUCUUUUGCAGUUAAAGCGUUAUGAGGGCAAACUCUUGGAUUUGGAAUUGCGUUUCGUUACCACAAAUAAUGAAAAUGCUGACCAAUCUGAAGAAUUGCUUCCUGGUGGGAGAGGAAUGCGUGUUACUGAUCAUAAUGUUACUACUUAUAUUCAUCUAAUUGCCAAUCAUCGUUUAAACUAUCAGAUCCGUAGUCAAAGUACACAUUUUUUGAGAGGUUUUCAACAACUCAUACCAAAAGAAUGGAUUGAUAUGUUCAAUGAACAUGAAGUUCAGUUUCUCAUAUCCGGCUCUCCGAAAAGUUUGGACAUUGAUGACUUGCGGUCAAACACCAAUUAUGCUGGAGGAUAUCAUGAGGGUCAUCAGGUUAUUGAUAUGUUCUGGGAGGUUUUAGCAAGCUUCUCUUCAUAUGAUCAGAACAAGUUUCUGAGGUUUGCCAUUGGAUGUUCUCGCGGCCCAUUUCGUGGAUUCCGACACGUUGUUCCAAAAUUUAGCAUUCUGAGAGAUUGUUACCUUGGAAUGGACGAGCAUAUAGACCGUUCGCCUACUUCGGUGACUUGCAUGAAUCAGCUGAAGCUCCCUCCUUAUGCAACCAAGGAAAUGUUGCGGGACAAAUUGUUGCAGGCGGUGAGGUCUGCAGCUGGCUUGUAGAGACGCAUAGGUUUUGAUCUGGAUUGACCGCUUGUGAACAUGUGCAGUCGAGAAAUGCAGAGGUUCUCGGGGUGCUACCUAGCUCAUAUCUCACCGACCAAACUAGGGAUUUGUGCCCUGUUGGAUAUUUCUUCAAGUACUUCCUCCGGUUGGGUGUGUAGGGCGUGCGCAUAUUCGUACGUCCUUAUUUGACUACCAAUUUAUGUGUUCUAUGCAACAAAAAUCGUGUGUUUAGAAAUUUUAUUGGAAUAUGAAUCCAGUGGCAUGCUUUUGAUGGUAUAUAACACAUGUUUCGUUUGUCA